AUGCCCCAAUUAAUCUCGCCCCUAGCCCUCCGGGCUCUGCGGACGAUGAUCCAGCGACCAACAACAUCACCCACACCCCUCCGCACUCUCAGCACAACUACCACCUCCGCCUUCCGUCGACCAACAACCACCACCCAGAUCCCAACACGCUUCACCUUCCAACCAACGCUGCGCACCCAAGCCGCGCUCCUCUUGACCCUCUCAGCCCGCCGCACAUUUACCUCCUCCCCCAUCGCCCGCGCAACCUACAACCAGGUGCGCCGCGGCUGCCGGACCGGCCAGCAAGCGCGCCGGGGCUGCUCUCCCGCGCUGAAGGGCCACCCGGAGCUGAAGGGGGUGUGUCUGAAGACUGGUAUCACGAAGCCGAAGAAGCCUAAUUCCGGGGAGCGCAAGACGGCACGUGUGCGUUUGAGUUCAGGGAAGGUCGUUACGGCUUAUAUUCCUGGUGAAGGUCACAACAUCCAGCAGCACAGCGUUGUUCUGGUCCGCGGUGGGAGAGCCCAGGAUUGCCCAGGUGUGAAGUAUACCCUGGUUCGCGGCGGCAUGGACCUGGGUGGUGUUGGUAGUCGGAUGACGAGUCGGUCAAAGUACGGGACCAAGAAGCCCAAGACCAACUAA